UUUAUGAGGUUAUUAAUAGGUAAAAGAGAGUGAGAGAGAGAAAAGAGAAGGAAAAGAGGGUUGCCCUGCCUCCAUCUUUAUCCCCUCCUUCAAUCUUCUUCGCCGGCGACCACGAGCAGCAGUUUACGAGCCUCGGACGGUGACGACCCGCACGAACUCACGUUGAUACGAGUAGACAUUUACGCAUUCUGACUUGCAGCGCGAGACCCACGUCGAACAAGUUUCAUAGCAGAUCUACGAGUCUGAACGUGUCCCGAUACUAACCAGCAAGGACCAGAGCCUUUUCGGUGAGAGUCGGCCAUGGCGGGGUCUGGGAGUUCCAUGCUUUACUCAUUUCUUCUGUUCACCGUCAUUCUUUCGCUUCAAGAGAUGUAUAGAGGAAAGUUGGCUUCAUCGGAGUUGUUUACCAUACUUGGAGGAUUCGUCAGUUCUCUUCUAUUUCUAGUGCUUCUAACAUUUAUAGGAAACUUCCAGGAAACAUGUGGCAUGCGAACUGGAUGGGGAGCUGUCAUCGUAGCAGAAGCAGUUGCACUGAUUGCCGCAAGCACUGUUCAUAGAGUUUGCAUCACAACAUGUUUCUUGUUCUCCGCUGGACUGCUGUAUGAGUUGAACAAGCUUUCGGGUGUGGCACUUUCUAAGUCUGAAUCUAGAGUCAAAAGGCAUUGAGUUGGAAACUAAGCUCUUCAGACCGAAACAACAUCGUUUUUGAGAUUUUCCUUUUACUCCUACCUCCUGCAGGAUCACUGCACCUUAUGGUGCUGAUUAGUUGUGUUUUUGUUUUCGUUUUCGCGUAUUACGUCCAUAGUUAACAUAAUAUUAACAAUGGUGUUAACUUUUUACUGCCUUCAAACACCGUUCUUUUGGUCACGUUAAAAAUGUUGGGUAUAUCUCCUGGUUAGAGGUCUGUCGUCUGUUAUUAAUCUAGAACUCCGUUAAUCUUCAAAAAGGUAACCUAAAGUUCGUCAUCAA